AUGGGAUUUACACAGCACGAAUCAAUACAAUCCGAAAACAGGUGGUAUUACAGAGAAGGUUUUCCUAAAGAUUACGACGAUGCCAUUCAUUCAACAUAUAAAAGAUUGGGUCACACAAGUGAAGACGAAUCGUUUUGGUCGACGGAAACGAAAAGAUCGAUGGAAACCGGACGUGGGGACCCUCAAUUAAUUGCAUUUAAAAAAUUAUCAAAAACCAAAAAACUUUUGAGCUUCUUAAAUUAUCCAAUCACUUUGUAA